AUGUCUACGCGAGCUCCCGCACCUCCGGCUGACUCGGCAAAGCCCAUCUCGCAUGCACCAGCUGCACCGUCGCCACCCAAGCACGCCCUCUCGUCAUCGGCGUCGUCGUCGUCUUCGAGUGGUAUCCCGUCGUUCCUCGCCGAAGCUACCCGAGCCGUGGCGGCGCUCUCGGCCCCGCAUGCGUCCGAGAGCGAUGGCUCGGACGAUUCGUCGUACCUGCCGCUUGAGAAGCGCAUGCUGUACCAGAAGGCUGCGGCUCAGUACCGCUCUAGCACGCUGCACGAAAGCGAGCCGCAGCUUACGGCGUCUCCGUCACGACACGCUUCGCCUCCUUCACGCUUGUCGUCCGACUCGGACUCGGACGAGAGCAUGAGCGACGGCUUGAUUCCGAUGAUGCAAGCGUCAUACGACGAGCUGCGGUCGUCAGGCGCUCGCCACGCGGUUUCGCACUCGCCAACCUCGCCCAUCACGCCCAAUCAGAUUGCCGGUGGCUACAUCGAUCCUCGCCUCGCCACAGGCAUUCCGUCCGGCCUCCAGACCCAGGUCAUGUUGGCGGCCGUCGGCGAGGGCCAGCCGCACGCCAAGCGCGUAGUGGCAGACCCUGACCCCAAUGAGGCCAACACUGCUCACCGCCACCCAGCCGCCCAUCUCCGCUCGUCGGGCUUGUCGGUCGAGCUCAAGCAAGCUCAACUGCCCGAGCUCAUGGAUCUCUCGCACCGACGUCAGUCGAUUGCGCCUCCGUCACCGUCAGCCUCGGAUGCGAGUUCCUCGGCCUCGUCGUCCUCGUCCUCGCCGUCCUUGUCCAAGCCCUACGCGUCGCUCGACCGACCGCGGUCGGUCUCGUUUGUCCUACCUGACGACUCGCCGCGGCACCGUCUAAUCACUCCGCCGCCACCGCGGUUGGUCGAUUAUGACGACGACGAUGCCUUUGGUCUAGAUCACGCCUUUCAGCGGCCCCGCCCCGCUCACGCCGCGCUGUCCACUCCUCCGCCCGUCUCCAGCGGACCGGGCGAGGCCACGACUAACAUGUCGAUCCAGGUCCUUGCCCAGCAAGUAGCCGAAUUGUCUGCCUCGCUCAAGCUCACCCAGGCGUACACCCAGACGCUGGGCGCGUUUACCGAGCACCUCGCUGCAACCCAAAAGUCGCAUGUCUCGCUCCCGCCACUGCCUGCCGACCUCGAUCCAGAGCGCGAGCCUGGCGGGAACCCAGACCCAGAAAGAGCGUCAGAUCACGUACUGGCGUUCUUGGCCGGCCUCCCGCCUUCACCGCUGGCCACUCUUCUCCACGCGCUUCCAGUGGCCACACUGGUUUUUCUCCUCCCGCACGUCAAGCGGAUGCCGACGCCGCAGCUCGCGCAUGCGGUCGCCUCUGCGAUUGCAGCCAAGUGCAUGUCGGGCCAGCUGGGCUAGCAUUUUCCUGGAUUUACGGCGAAGCCUUGGGCUUGGGCUUGAGCGACGGCGGCGGAAGCGAGGGCAAGUUGCGGCGCAGCUUGACGGUCCCGGCGGUGCCAUCGUCGGCCGGAAUAACAUCGACGUUGGACUGGAGUGCGAUGGAGCGCGGGCGCUGGCGCUUGCCGGCAGCCUGGUUCUUGAUCUGGAGGCUUGCAAUCGAG